AUGCUGCUUCCUAACGCCAAGCCAGUCAAGUUGACCCAUAACUUGACCAUUCACGCACCACUCUCACGCCAAGGACAUGGACCGGGCAUCAUAAUUAUCCGGGCAGAUACGACUGCUAGCGAAAAAAAUGAACGAGCAACCUUAGAUCCCGAACCAUUGCAGAAGUGGGCAGAAGAAAGCUAUACAGUCGCCCAAGUGACUGUUUCCUCAGACCAUCGCACGGUCAAGGAAGAGCUUCGCCAGGCUAUUGAUGCUCUUGGGGAGCACGAGAACUGUGACAAGAAGACAGGAUACGGUGUCAUAGUUUAUUCGCCAUCAUUUGUCGCUGACAUAGUCGACGAGAUCGACAAAUGUGAUGAAAUAAAAGCAAUCGUUUCAUAUGGAGAGCUCGACAAAACACCAAAGAAAACUUUUCUUUACCACUUGCCAACCCAAGGCACGAAGGAAAAAUCUGAGAAUGGAAUUAUCUUUCGGUAUCCUGAAGUUGCAUCGGCCUCCUUCAUCAUUCCCUCACACAAGGACUUCAGUGCCGCCUCGGCCGCAAUGGCACAUACUCGUUGCCUGUCUUUCUUGAAGAAAGAACUCGACGGGCCGUGGUUUGAUCUUGAAGAGAUAUGGGACGAGCAUACUAAGUUUGAGUUCGGUGAACGAUCGGUCGAAAAUACAAUGAGCACUAUGGUUCAAGAACCAUAUGUGAACCACAUCCCGACAAUGACAGGUGGUAUUGGGAGAGAAAAACUGACCUCAUUCUAUGCCAAUCAUUUUGUCUUCAAUAAUCCAGACGAUAUCAGGCUGGAGCUGGUCAGUCGCACCAUUGGGAUUGAUCGGGUCGUGGACGAGUUUGUUAUGUGCUGUACUCAUGACAAACCGAUUGACUGGCUGUAA